AUGAAGCAGUUCUUCGGUGCCGAGCACUGGCGCUCUCGGGUGAAGGAGCUCAACGCGUCGGACGAACGAGGGAUCAACGCCGUCCGGGAGAAGGUCAAAACCUUUGCGCAGCUAGCCAUUGGUGGCGAGAGCCUUGCCGAGUCCAAGGCGCGUUUUCGCGUCAUCAUCUUGGAUGAAGCUGAUUCGAUGACGCACGAUGCCCAGGCAGCAUUGCGGCGGAUCAUGGAGGAGUUCGUGCAUGUCACGCGCUUCAUCAUCAUCUGCAAUUACGUGUCCAAGAUCAUCGAGCCGCUGCAUUCUCGUUGUUCCAAAUUCCGGUUCCAGCUCGUCGGUGCCGAGUUCCAAAAGUCGCGGCUGCUCCACAUCUGCGAGAAGGAGAAGGUGACGAUGAGCCCAGGCGCUCUGGAGCAGUUGAUCUUCCUUUCCAAGGGCGACAUGCGCUGUGCCGUGACAAUGCUGCAGACAGCGGUCCACGUCUACGACAAGGUGGAUGAAGACUCUUUGGUCGAGGUGUUCUGCGCAGUGCCCGAGUCGCAGACGCGGGGGCUGCUGGCGCGGGUGCGUUCCGCCCAGACCACGGACCAGGUGCUCGGAGCGGUCCGCGAUUUCCUCCUGGAGGGCUUCUCCGGCUUGCAGGUCAUGGAGCAGUUGCUGCAGCUCGUCGCAGAGGCACGGCCCCCUUCCAGCUCCUGA